AUGAAACACCAUCAAAAGCCAUCCUCUUAUUCUACCCACCAUGACUGGUACACUUCCCAACUCCAAUCUAUCAGUACCACUUCCUCAGACACCCUCCUCUACACCUACACCACCGCCUACCACGGCUUCGCCGCCUCUCUAGAUCCUGAAGAAGCCGAAUCACUUCGCCAAUCGGACUCCGUCAUCGGCGUCUAUGAAGAUUCCGCUUACGCCCUUCACACAACUCGCACCCCAGAGUUCCUUGGCCUUAACACGUACUUCGGCUUGUGGGCCGGUCGCUCCCCACAAGAACUCAAUCAAGCCUCCCAGGAUGUCAUCAUUGGCGUCCUCGACACUGGCGUUUGGCCCGAAUCGAAGAGCUUCGAUGACACCGGCAUGCCCGUCGUACCAUCGAGAUGGAGAGGCCAGUGUGAGUCCGGCAUUGAUUUCAAACCUUCCCUCUGUAACAGAAAACUGAUCGGUGCUCGAAGCUUUUCCAAAGGCUACCACAUGGCCUCCAGCAUCAAUUCGACGAAAAACAAAGAAAUCGAGUCGACACGUGACCAUGACGGUCACGGGACACACACUGCCAGCACAGCCGCCGGUUCACACGUACCCAACGCGAGCCUCUUUGGGUAUGCCAGCGGAACCGCUCGUGGGAUGGCCACACACGCGCGGGUGGCCACUUACAAAGUCUGUUGGGUCACUGGGUGUUUCGGCUCCGACAUACUCGCUGGAAUGGAUCGGGCAAUCACCGACGGUGUUGAUGUUCUAUCUUUGUCACUUGGUGGUGGUUCUGGUCCUUAUUAUCGUGACACAAUCGCCAUUGGAGCGUUUACGGCGAUGGAGAAGGGCAUAUUUGUUUCUUGCUCAGCUGGGAACAGCGGACCCACAAAAGGCUCUCUGGCAAAUGUUGCGCCAUGGAUCAUGACUGUCGGUGCUGGUACAUUAGACAGGGACUUUCCGGCAUAUACUUUGCUCGGAAAUAGCCAUAAGUUCACGGGUGUGUCACUGUAUAGUGGACAUGGCAUGGGUGAUAAAUUGGUGGGUUUGGUUUAUAACAAGGGCAAUAAUACCUCCAGUGACUUGUGUUUGCCAGGUUCACUCGAACCAAGUAUUGUGAAAGGAAAGGUGGUGGUGUGCGAUAGAGGGGUUAAUGCGAGGGUUGAGAAGGGUGCAGUGGUUCGGGACGCCGGUGGGGUGGGGAUGAUAUUGGCAAACACUGUGGAGAGUGGGGAGGAGUUGGUGGCGGAUAGUCAUUUGUUGCCGGCGGUGGCAUUGGGGAGCAAAGUGGGGGAUUUGAUAAGGGAGUAUGUGAAAUCGGAGGCGAAUCCGACGGCGGUGCUCAGCUUUGGUGGGACGGUGGUGAACAUAAAGCCGUCGCCGGUGGUGGCAGCGUUUAGUUCAAGAGGGCCCAAUAUGGUGACUCCCCAGAUAUUGAAGCCGGAUGUUAUUGGACCUGGGGUCAACAUCUUAGCUGCCUGGUCUGAGGCUGUUGGGCCCACUGGACUGGAGAAGGAUACUAGGAAGACGCAGUUCAACAUCAUGUCUGGUACAUCCAUGUCCUGCCCACAUAUCAGUGGGUUAGCAGCAUUGCUCAAAGCAGCCCAUCCGGAUUGGAGCCCAAGUGCAAUCAAAUCCGCGCUCAUGACUACUGCCUACACACACGACAACACCAAAUCCCCACUUCGUGAUGCUGCAGAGGGUGCAUUUUCUACCCCAUGGGCUCACGGAGCAGGCCAUGUCGACCCACGCAAGGCCCUCUCUCCAGGCCUUGUAUACGACUGCACAGCAACGGACUACAUUGCAUUCCUCUGCUCAUUGAACUACACCAUUGAGCAUUUACAAGCCAUUGUUAAGCGCCCAAACAUCACAUGUUCCAGAAAAUUAGCUGAUCCUGGCCAACUCAACUAUCCUUCAUUCUCAGUCCUGUUUGGGAAGUCAAGGGUUGUACGAUACACCCGUGUAUUGACGAAUGUGGGUGCUGCAGGUUCUGUCUAUCGCGUGGCAAUUGAUGCACCCCCAACAGUUGUGGUGACAGUGAAGCCAACAAGGCUGGCUUUUGGAAAUGUAGGGGAUAAGCAGCGGUAUACUGUGACUUUUGUAUCAAAGAAGGGUGCAGAUGAGACUACUAGCGAUGCAUUUGGCUCAAUUGCCUGGAACAACGCCCAAAACCAAGUCAAGAGUCCAGUUGCUUUUUCCUGGACACGGUGA